GGCCGGUGGCAAUCCACAAUCCCACGGUCUGCUAGUGCCUCACCACCAGCCGCCCUCAACCCAACAAGCCUGCAGCCAUGGCGUUCAAUGGAACCUGGAAGGUCGACCGCAACGACAACUAUGACAAGUUCAUGGAGCAAAUGGGUGUCAAUGUCAUGAAGCGCAAGCUGGCGGAACAUGACAACCUGAAGAUCACCAUCGAGCAGACCGGCGACAAGUUUCACAUCAAGGAGUCCAGCACCUUCCGCACCAAGGACAUCGACUUCACCCUGGGCGUCGCCUUCGACUACAGCCUGGCCGACGGCACCGAAGUCUCAGGCACGUGGGUGAUGGAGGGUGACGUGCUCAAGGGCAUAUUCACCAGGAAAGACAACAGCAAGGUCCUGACAACCACCCGGGCCCUGGUGGGAGGCGAGCUCGUGCAGAGCUACAACUACGAGGGCGUGGACGCCAAGAGGAUUUUCAAGAAGCAGUAACCCGGAGUCUGAAGUUCAUAUUUUAUUUUUUAUAUAGAUGACACGAUAUAGAUUUGUGCAUGCGUGCGUGUGUGUGUGUGUGUGUGUGUGUGUGUGUGUGUGCUUCCCCCCCCCCCCCCCCUUCUAACAACAAGUCAUGGCAAAGUCAUGUGCAUUCUCACGGGAUUCUACUUCAUAUACCUCAAAAUGUUGGCUUAUUUCUUUUGUUUUCAUAAUUUUCGGAUGAGGAAUCGUGGUGCACAGUGUUUCGCUGCUACAAUACCAAUGACACACAACGUGUGAAAGACAGUGUGUGGUGACCCGAACUCAGCAACAGCAAACUGGGAACAACAGACGGAAACCAGCGGCUGCAAGCUGCCCUCCGUAGAGCUCCCAGAAGUUGACGACCGGGUGAAUUCAAAUUGGCCGAUGAACUCGAGCAGAGAGGUUGACGCAGAGGUUGUUUUUUCCCAGUGUCAUACCAUGAAAUGCUACUGUCUCUCCAAAAAACAAUGUACAAGUCGCUCGUGAAAAAUCCACAGGAAAACAUGCUCACGGGUUAUUAAAAGUAACGGGAGCAUCGGACAUUAAGGGUCGAUGGAUUUGGACAGUCAGAAAUGACUCACUCAAAAGUUGUGCAAACAAAGCUAAAAGAAUUUCCGCGUGAUUAAAAACAACUAGGAUGAAGCGACCUUUUGAAUAGAGACGACGGGGGCAGACGGGCCACGGCUCACUUUAACUUGACCAAACUCAAACAGCCCUUUAGUCCCACACUAAUCUUCCUCAUUGUGAUGCAAAUGCAAAGCAGCGCAAUGACAAUCGCAGCACAAUAACAAUCGCAGCAGAACGCGGGACGCGCGUUGUGCUGCGAUUGUUAACCAGGUGGGAAAACAAGUCCAUUUGCACUAAUGGCUCUCAUGCAUUACACUGUAUAGUCUGUAACAAUAAAGCAAAUUUACAAUACUGUA